AUAUUUUAUUUAACAUUUCUCCGUAGUAAAGUUACUAACAACAAGAAAAAUAUUACAACAAAAUGAAACUUGUUUUGACGUUAUAUUUUUACUUACCUUUGCUCUUUUGUAAAAUUCCAAACGCUUUAUUUUUAGACCAACGCAUCAUUGGUGGUCAAGUCGCUCGAGCAGGACAAUAUCCAUUUUCAGCAGCAAUUUACAAAACCACAGCCGAUGGUAAUUAUUUUUGUGGGGGAGCUCUUUACACCAAUCAGUGGAUUAUAACAGCCGGCCAAUGUGUUGACGGUGCUAUUUUAUUUACAAUUUAUUUAGGAGCAACCAAUCUACAAACACCGGGAUCAACAAGUGUUAGACUAGCAACAGACGAAUAUGUACUCCAUCCAGAAUUUAACCCUCUAACUUUGGAAAACGAUAUUGGUUUAAUAAAACUUCGCAUGCCAGUGGAAAGGACAGACUACAUUCAACCCAUGACGAAUUUACCCUCAAGCAAUGUGCCAGCAGGUGCAAAUUAUCUUCAAGCAAUUGGGUGGGGACAAACUAGUGAUGAAAACUCCGGUCUGGCAGAUGAAUUAAACUGGAUAACACUUACAACAAUUUCAAACGAAGAAUGCAGAAUAACAUAUGGAAAUCAAAUAACAGAUUGUAUGGUUUGUGUGGUUGGAAAUUUUAAUGAAGGUGCAUGCACUGGUGAUACUGGAAGUCCGAUAAUGCAAUGGAUUCGAGGCUACUAUUCUGAACAUGUUGGCAUUUCCAGUUUUGUCAGUGCUAAUGGUUGCGAGAGUACCGAUCCAUCUGGUUAUACAAGAACGUUUCCUUACGUCAGUUGGAUUAGAAAUAUAACUAGUAAUUAGCAAUAUACGA